CUCCAGGAACUGCCCAGAGUAGGUUACUGGACCUGGAAUCGAGAUCCAUUAAUUAAACUAGGGUUUUGUCCAUUCGGCCGAGGUUCCAUUUGCAGACUUCUCACAGAAUGUAUUGUUGGCCACUAAGUAACAGUGGUCGUUGGAGUUCUUCUGAAAGUAUUUUGGCAUCUCUUUGACAAGCGACAUUUGUUGUCAUGCCUGCAUUUCCGCCAUAUUGAGGGCUUCUAGCGGUUCAGGGAAUGCAAGUUCUGACUGACUGGCUGGGUCUGAACUGAUAGACAGAAAGAGAUCAGACUACUUUGAGUAAGGUGGUGCUGCAGCCGUGCUAGUGACGCAGGAAAACACCCAAAACCGGACAAAUAAACAACCAGGAUCUGGUAUUUCCAACACAGGCCAAGUUUAGUAAAAGACAACAACACAACCGCUUUCGAAGCUGGACUAGCUGGUAAAGAGAAGGAAGUCAUAUCAAAUUCCUGGUAAUGCAAUGGUCUCAGCGGUCUGUCCAGACCUCCAGGUGCUCGUCUCCCACUCUCUCGUGCUCGGGCCCUCCUCCCUCUGCACCCCGGCUGAGGUGGUAGUUAUUUCUCUCCGGCACAGUGCUCGCUAAGAGGCCAAGAUUGCCAAGAUCUGCCUGGUGGCGAGCAUGACAGCCACCACACGUGGCUCUCCAGUGGGGGGCAACGACAGCCAGGCGCCUGAUGCUCAGAGCCAGCCCCCACAGAACCAGACAUCAUCCCCUAAUUCGUCCAAUGAGACCUCUCCAGUAAGCCCAGGGGAGGAGCAGGGUCAGGGAGAUGGCCUUCCUCUGUUGGAGGAGGAGGAACCUGCUUUUCCUCAUGCAGACCUGGCCAAGCUGGACGACAUGAUCAACAGGCCCCGUUGGGUUGUUCCAGUUCUGCCAAAAGGAGAGUUGGAGGUCCUUCUAGAAGCUGCUAUAGAUCUUAGUAAGAAAGGUCUGGAUGUCAGGUGUGAGGCGUGUCAGAGGUUUUUUCGAGACGGCCUCACCAUCUCCUUCACCAAGAUCCUUACAGACGAGGCCGUCAGUGGCUGGAAGUUCGAGAUCCAUAGAUGCAUCAUCAACAACACACACCGGCUAGUGGAGCUGUGUGUGAGCAAGCUCUCUCAGGACUGGUUCCCUCUGCUGGAGCUUCUGGCCAUGGCCGCCAACCCCCACUGCAAGUUCCACAUCUACAACGGAACACGCCCCUCCGAGACCGUCCCCGCUGGGGCCACGCUGGCCCAAGACGAGCUUUUUGCCAGACCCCCGGAUCCUCGCUCACCCAAGGGCUGGUUAGUGGAUUUAAUAAAUAAGUUUGGCAUGUUAAACGGGUUUCAAAUAUUGCACGAUCGCUUCAUAAGUGGCCAAGCACUGAACGUCCAGAUCAUCGCUGCACUUAUAAAGCCUUUCGGCCAGUGUUACGAGUUCCUCACGCUGCACACAGUGAAGAAGUUCUUCCUCCCGGUGAUCGAGAUGGUUCCUCAGUUCCUGGAGAACCUGACGGAUGACGAGCUGAAGAAGGAGGCCAAGAAUGAGGCCAAGAAUGACGCUCUGUCCAUGAUAAUCAAGUCCCUGAAGAACCUGGCCUCAAGGGUUCCUGGGCAGGAGGAAACAGUGAAGAAUUUAGAGAUUUUUAGGUUAAAAAUGAUUCUUAGGUUAUUGCAAAUAUCCUCUUUUAAUGGUAAGAUGAACGCAUUAAACGAGGUCAACAAGGUCAUCUCAAGUGUGUCUUACUACACACAUCGCCAUGGGAACCCAGAAGAGGAAGAGUGGCUCACUGCGGAACGCAUGGCGGAGUGGAUCCAGCAGAACCACAUCCUGACCAUUGUUCUGAGGGACAGCCUGCACCAGCCCCAGUACGUAGAGAAGCUGGAGAAAAUCCUUCGCUUCGUCAUCAAGGAGAAGGCUCUAACCAUGCAGGACCUGGACAACAUUUGGGCUGCACAGGCUGGUAAACAUGAGGCCAUAGUGAAGAACGUCCACGACCUGCUGGCCAAGCUGGCGUGGGAUUUUUCCCCCGAGCAGCUAGAUCAUCUCUUCGACUGCUUCAAGGCCAGUUGGACGAACGCGAGUAAGAAGCAGCGUGAGAAGCUGUUGGAGCUGAUCAGGCGCCUGGCGGAGGACGACAAGGACGGCGUGAUGGCGCACAAGGUGCUCAACCUGCUGUGGAACCUGGCGCACAGUGAUGACGUUCCUGUGGACAUCAUGGACCAGGCCCUCAGCGCUCACAUCAAGAUCCUGGACUACAGCUGCUCGCAGGACAGAGACACGCAAAAGAUCCAGUGGAUCGAUCGCUUUAUUGAAGAGCUGCGAACCAAUGACAAGUGGGUGAUCCCUGCUUUGAAACAGAUCCGAGAGAUCUGCAGCCUGUUUGGAGAAGCUCCUCAGAACCUCAGAAAGAAAAUGCCUAUUAACAUACAAACGAACUUAGUGGGCCAGACCCAGAGGAGUCCUCAUGUGUUCUACCGCCACGACCUGAUCAACCAGCUGCAGCACAACCACGCGCUGGUCACCCUGGUGGCCGAGAGCCUGUCAGCCUACAUGGACACUAUGAGGCUGUUCUCCAAAGCGGAGCAGGCGGAGUUUGACCCUCAGACGGUGAGGCCUGGAAGUCGCUACAGCCACGUACAGGAAGUGCAGGAGAGACUCAACUUCCUGAGGUUUCUGUUGAAGGACGGCCAGCUGUGGCUGUGCGCCCCGCAGGCCAAGCAGAUCUGGAAGUGUCUGGCUGAGAACGCUGUGUUCCUCUGUGACCGAGAGGCCUGCUUUAAAUGGUACUCUAAGCUGAUGGGGGAUGAACCUGAUCUGGACCCGGACAUCAACAAGGACUUCUUUGAGAACAACGUUCUGCAGCUGGAUCCGUCUCUGCUGACGGAGAAUGGUAUGAAGUGCUUCGAGAGGUUCUUCAAGGCCGUCAACUGCCGCGAGGGCAAACUGGUGGCCAAGCGCAGGGCCUACAUGAUGGAUGACCUGGAGCUCAUCGGCCUGGACUACCUCUGGAGGGUGGUCAUCCAGGGAAGUGAUGACAUCGCCAGCCGAGCCAUAGACCUGCUGAAGGAGAUCUACACCAACCUGGGACCCAAACUACAAGUCAACCAGGUCGAGAUCCACGAGGAUUUCAUCCAGUCCUGUUUUGACCGUCUGAAGGCGUCGUACGACACACUGUGUGUGCUAGACGGGGACAAGGACAGCGUCAACAUUGCCCGCCAGGAGGCCGUCCGCAUGGUCCGAGUGCUCACCGUGUUGAAGGAGUACAUCAACGAGUGUGACAGCGACUACCACGAGGAGAGGACCAUACUGCCCAUGUCCAGGGCGUUCCGUGGGAAGCACAUCACGUUGAUCGUGCGGUUCCCCAACCAGGGCCGUCAGGUAGACGACUUGGACAUCUGGUCUCACACCAACGACACCAUCGGCUCCGUGCGCAGAGGCAUCCUCACCAGGAUCAAGGCCAACGCCACUCACACCAAGAUAGAACUGUUCAUUGGUGGAGAGGUGGUGGACCCAGCUGACGACAGGAAGCUGAUUGGGCAGCUCAGUCUCAAAGAUAAAACGUUGAUUACAGCCAAGCUCACCCAGGUGAGUGCCAACAUGCCCUCCAGUCCUGACAGCUCCUCAGACUCCUCCACCGGCUCACCUGGAAACCACGGCAACCACUUCAGCGAUGGACCUAACCCGGAAGUUGAGAGCUGCCUUCCUGGAGUGAUCAUGUCUCUGCACCUGCGCUACGUGUCCUUCCUGUGGCAGGUGGCCGACCUGGGCUGCAGCCUCGCCAUGCCCCUGCUCCGAGAUGGAGCCAGGCUGCUCAUGAAGCUCAUGCCUCCAGAUAACACCACGGUGGGCAGCUUGCGUGCGGGGUGUCUGGACCAUGCCAAGCUGGGGGAGAACAGCCUCAGUCCCAGUCUGGACUCCCGCUUCUUUGGGCCCUCUCCUUCACAAGUGCUUUACCUCAUCGAGGUGGUGUACGCUCUGCUCAUGCCUGCCAGCGGCACCUUGGGCGAGGAAGCCUGUGACUUCCAGUUCAACUUCCUGAAGAGCGGAGGUCUCCCGCUCGUACUGAGCAUGCUCACCAGGAACAACUUCCUGACGAGCGCCGACAUGGAGACGCGGCGGGGGGCGUACCUCAACGCUCUGAAGAUCGCCAAGCUGCUGCUGACCGCCGUGGGCUUCGGACACGUCAGGGCCGUGGCGGAGGCCUGCCAGCCCAACGCUGAGGGCAGCAUCCCUGUCUCACCGAUCAACCAGGUCACACACGACCAGGCCCUGGUGCUGCAGACCGCCCUGCAGCACAUUCCCAACCCCGCCUCCGAGUGCAUGCUGCGCAACGUGGCCAUACGGCUGGCCCAGCAGAUCUCUGAUGAGAACUUCUUCCAGGCUUCUAAGUACAUCCCAGACAUCUGUGUGAUCCGGGCCGUGCAGAAGAUCAUAUGGGCUUCAGGCUGUGGCACAGUGCAGCUGGUCUUCAGCUCCAACGAAGAGAUUAGCAAGAUCUAUGAGAAGACCAACACGGGGCAGGAGCCAGAUGGGGAGGAUGAGCAGGUGUGCUGUGAGGCCCUGGAGGUCAUGACCCUGUGCUUCGCCCUCCUGCCCACGGCUCUGGACACACUCAGCAAGGAGAAGGCCUGGCAGACCUUCAUUAUAGACCUGCUGCUACAUUGCCACAGCAAGUCUGUCCGGCAGAUGGCCCAAGAGCAGUUCUUCCUCAUGGCCACCAGGUGCUGUAUGGGACACAGACCCCUCCUCUUCUUCAUCACCCUGCUCUUCACUGUCCUGGGGAGCACAGCUAAGGAGCGAGCCAAGCAUGCAGGAGACUACUUCACCCUCCUGAGGCUUCUGCUAAACUAUGCCUACAACAGCAACAUCAACCUGCCCAACGCAGAGGUGCUGCUCAACAACCAGAUCGACUGGCUCAAGAGGAUCAGGGACGAGGUGAAGAGGACAGGUGAGACCGGGGUGGAGGAGACCAUCCUGGAGGGCCACAUCGGCAUCACCAAGGAGCUGCUGGCAUUCCAGACGCCAGAGAAGAAGUUCUACAUCGGCUGUGAAAAGGGAGGCGCCAACCUCAUCAAGGAGCUGAUUGAUGACUUCAUCUUCCCGGCGUCUAAUGUCUACCUGCAGUACAUGAAGAGCGGGGAGUUCCCCCCUGAGCAGGCCAUCCCAGUAUGCAGCAGCCCUGCCUCCAUCAACGCUGGCUUCGAGCUGCUGGUGGCGCUGGCUGUGGGCUGUGUGCGCAACCUUAAACAAAUCACUGACACACUCACUGACAUGUACUACCAAGGCUGCGAGGCUCUGACAGAGUGGGAGUACCUUCCUCCUGUAGGGCCUCGGCCCACCAAAGGCUUUGUGGGGCUGAAAAACGCGGGCGCCACCUGCUACAUGAACUCUGUCAUCCAGCAGCUCUACAUGAUCCCACCCAUCCGCAACGGUAUCCUGGCCGUGGAGGGCACCGGGACCGCCGUGGACGACGACAUGUCAGGAGACGAGAAGCAGGAGAGUGAGACCAAUGUGGAUCCUCGUGAUGAGGUGUUCAGCUACCACCACCAGUUUGAUGACAAGCCGUCCCUCAGCAAGUCUGAAGACAGGAAGGAGUACAACAUCGGGGUGCUGCGCCACUUACAGGUUAUCUUUGGUCAUCUGGCCGCCUCCAGGCUGCAGUACUACGUCCCCAGAGGCUUCUGGAAGCAGUUCAGGUUGUGGGGGGAGCCGGUGAACCUGCGAGAGCAGCAUGAUGCGCUGGAGUUCUUCAACUCGCUAGUGGACAGUCUGGACGAGGCCUUGAAGGCUCUGGGACAUACCUCCAUGCUCAGCAAGGUCCUGGGAGGUUCCUUCGCUGACCAGAAGAUCUGCCAGGGCUGUCCUCACAGGUAUGAGUGUGAGGAGUCGUUCACCACUCUGAAUGUGGACAUCAGGAACCACCAGAACCUUCUAGACUCCAUGGAGCAGUAUGUCAAGGGAGACCUGCUGGAAGGAGCCAACGCUUACCACUGUGAAAAGUGCAAUAAGAAGGUGGACACAGUGAAGCGCCUGCUCAUUAAGAAGCUGCCCCCGGUCCUGGCCAUCCAGCUGAAGCGCUUCGACUACGACUGGGAGAGGGAGUGCGCCAUCAAGUUCAACGACUACUUUGAGUUCCCCCGCGAGCUGGACAUGGAGCCCUAUACGGUAGCAGGGGUGGCCAAGCUGGAGGGAGACCACGUCAAUCCCGAGAGCCAGCUCAUCCAGCCCGAUCCGGAGCCGCCUGGCAGCUCUCAAUACGGCCUGGUGGGGGUGCUGGUGCACUCGGGCCAGGCCAGCGGAGGACACUACUACUCCUACAUCAUCCAGAGGAACGGAGGGGACGGAGAGCGCAACCGCUGGUACAAGUUUGACGACGGCGAUGUCACCGAGUGCAAGAUGGACGACGAGGAGGAGAUGAAGAGCCAGUGCUUCGGUGGCGAGUACAUGGGGGAGGUGUUCGACCACAUGAUGAAGAGGAUGUCCUACCGGAGGCAGAAGCGCUGGUGGAACGCCUACAUCCUGUUCUACGAGAGGAUGGACUCCAUGGACAAGGACAACGAGCUGGUCAAGUACAUUUCCGAGCUGACCCUCUCGUCCUCCAAGCCCCACCAGGUCAAGAUGCCGGGGGUUAUCGAGUGCAGCGUGCGCAAGCAGAACGUGCAGUUUAUGCACAACCGUAUGCAAUACAGCCUGGAAUACUUCCAGUUCAUUAAGAAACUUCUGACCUGUAACAGUGUCUAUUUGAACCCCCCUCCUGGCCAAGACCACCUGCUUCCAGAGGCUGAGGAGAUGGCUAUGAUUAGCGCCCAGCUAGCCGCCCGCUUCCUCUUCAGCACUGGCUUCCACACCAAGAAGGUGGUGCGGGGUCCAGCAAGUGACUGGUAUGACGGCCUGUGUGUCCUCCUAAGGCACAGUAAGAGCGUACGCUACUGGUUUGCAAACAACGUCCUGUUUGCCUGCGCUAACCGCUUCUCCGAGUACCUGUUGGAGUGUCCCAGUGCCGAGGUCAGGGGAGCCUUUGCCAAACUCAUCGUCUUCAUCGCACACUUCUCCCUGCAGGACGGACCCUGCCCCCCUCCCAGCACCUCGUCAGGCUCCUCCACCCAGGCGUGUGACAACCUGGGUCUGAGCGACCACCUGCUGAGAGCCGUGCUUAACCUGCUGAGGAGGGAGGUGUCUGAGCACGGGCGCCACCUGCAGCAGUACUUCAACCUGUUCGUCAUGUAUGCCAACCUGGGCCUGGCAGAGAAGAGCCAGCUGUUGAAGUUGAGUGUCCCAGCCACCUUCAUGCUGGUGGCCCUGGAUGAGGGCCCCGGGCCCCCCAUCAAGUACCAGUACGCUGAGCUGGGCAAGCUGUACACCGUGGUGUCCCAGCUGCUGCGCUGCUGCGACGUGUCCACACGCAUGCAGUCCUCCAUCAACGGUAACCCCCCCCUCCCCAACCCGUACGGUGACCCCAGCCUGACCGCCCCGGUCAUGCCCCUGCAGCAGCUGGUGGUAGAGAUCCUGUUUGUGAGGACGAGCUACGUGAAGAAGAUCAUCGAGGACUGCAGCAACUCGGAGGAGACUGUGAAGCUACUGCGCUUCAGCUGCUGGGAGAACCCCCAGUUCUCCUCCACCGUCCUCAGCGAGCUGCUCUGGCAGGUGGCGUACUCCUACACCUAUGAGCUGCGGCCUUACCUGGACCUCCUCCUCCAGAUCCUGCUCAUCGAGGACUCCUGGCAAACACACAGGAUCCACAAUGUUCUGAAGGGUAUCCCUGACGACCGUGACGGGCUGUUUGAUACUAUCCAGCGCUCCAAGAACCACUACCAGAAACGAGCCUACCAGUGCAUCAAGUGCAUGGUGGCCCUCUUCAGUAACUGUUCUGUGGCCUACCAGAUACUACAGAGCAACGGGGACCUGAAGCGUAAGUGGACGUGGGCGGUGGAGUGGCUGGGUGACGAGCUGGAGAGGAGGCCGUACACCGGGAACCCCCAGUACACCUACAACAACUGGUCUCCUCCUGUCCAGAGCAACGAGACCUCCAACGGCUACUUCCUGGAGCGCUCGCACAGCGCACGCAUGACCCUGGCCAAGGCCUGCGAACUCUGCCCCGAGGAGUGUCACCUAACGAAGCACGAUGUGGUGUCUGAAGAGGAGGCGGCGCUGGGGAAAUCCUCCACGCCACCGCAGCUCUUACCAGGGGAAGGAACAGGCCAGCAGCAGCAGCACGCUGUGCCUGAUGGGCAGGACCCCACUGAGGACCCCUCCCUCUACCCUGCAGGAACCACACCAUCACAGCAGCAGAACAACCAUCCUCAUCCCUAUACAGGCCCUGCAGCCCAGCACAUUAACAACCCCCAGCGACCUGCCCCCGCCCAAAAUCCAACAACUGCCCCAACAACUGCCCCUGCCCCAACCCAAACUCCAACAACCGCCCCUGGCCCAACCCAAACUCCAACUACUGCCCCAACAACUGCUCCUGCCCCAACCCAAACUCCAACAACCGCCCCUGGCCCAACCCAAACUCCAACUACUGCCCCAACAACUGCUCCUGCCCCAACCCAAACUCCAACAACUGCUCCUGCCCCAACCCAAACUCCAACAACUGCCCCUGGCCCUACCCAAACUCCAACAACUACCCCCAGACCAACCCAAACUCCAACCACCGGCCCAGGUCCACGAGCACAAGAGAGCUGCAAUGAGGAAGUCCCCCCUACCCCAACCUCCUCCGCCCCUGCACCGGCCCUGCCUAAGGAAUGACACCCCCCACCUCUUGCUGUGCCUCGAGUCUCCAUCAUCCUGUCUCUCUCUCUCUCCUCGCAUCAUCCCUCCCACAGAGCAAGAAGUUCUCUGUGUGACCCGCAGGGCAGGGCCUCACCAGGCACCCCAGCCCCUCUCCAGCCCCCCUGAGAGUCUCUCCCCACCAGCCUGCAGCCAGUCUGGGCAUGUAGGGGGUGCUCUUCCCCGGGGUGGGCUACCUUCCUGCCUUGCAGGACCUGCUGGGCCACAGAGGGGGGGCGAGAGAGGGCGUGUUCAUAAACAUCCAAUUUAUCCAAGCCUGAUUAUUCUGAUGCCCUUGUUGACAUGACAGAAAGUUGUACAUAUUAAAGUUGUUUUGACUGUUCAAAAAUCCCCCAAUAGCCUAACUUAGUUUGCUGUUGGGCGAUCUAGAAGAUCACCAAUGGAUACCAAUGGAUAUCUUAGGAUACAAAAAAUAUCAAAAGAAUGAUUUUUGUUUCCUCACCCAUGGUUGACAGUGCAGUUUGGUCUGCCAUUCUACUGUAGACAUGUCAUCAUUCAUAAUGUUAUUCUUAUUAUUACUGCUCCUUGACAACCUUAUGACCCAUGCCAGAUCUACUUCUGAGCAAGGGUCAGUUCAUGUGUGAGAUGUGGAAUGUUUGGGUGAACUUAAACGGUGUUCAGCUGAUGUGAAAAAGCGACGAUGCAACAUUGUUCUGAAACUGUCAUUGCCUUUCUCUCUUUUUGUUCUGGUAAAUAACUGAAUCAUUUUGAAGCUCUAGUUAAUAUGCCGUAACAUUUAGCAUGGCUUCUCACCUGACGUGUCGCCCAGGGAUGAUUAGUAAGGAGGACAACCACAGAGGGACACACGUUGUAAUUUACUCAAAUCUCCCUCUUGGACAUUGAGGGUGAUCGUUUGAACCAAUGUAAGAAUAAGUGGCUUUUCAAAUGCACAUUUAGUAUAAUCCUACACAUUUGGCAGUCAGUUUUCAUCAGGGUAGACGGCUUUCUUUUCACCCAUGGGAAUUCAGAAAAGGAGUGGGGGGCCACAUGCAUUGAAGUUGCUCCUGGUGUAAUAUAGACUGUGGUUUCUUCUUUUGUAGCCUAGUUGGACACACAUGCCCCAGGGCCUCCAUUUUGCUGUGGAGCUGGCUAGGCUGGGCUUCUCUGCUGUGUCCCUCCUCCUCCAUAGAGAACGGGCACACAGCAGUCUUUACUGUUCUCUCUGCUGGUUUAGUCACAGUGAAACUUUGGCUCAGUAAAGUAUAAUUCUUUAGGAGCUGAUGGUAAACAUCAGUAAAUACUGUAUUUAAUUGGUCACUUGAAUGCGUGUAUUUUUGGGAUUUAUCUAAAAUAUACCAAAUACUCCUGCAAAUGAAAAUAUUCUGCCCACCGUAUUAUAUUUAAAUAUUUUGCUCUUAUUUUAUAGAAUUUAUUUUGUUGUAUUUCACAAAAAGAAUAGAAUUUGAUUUAAGAGGAACAUUUUUGUCCUUGAGUUAUUUUUAAAGAAGGUAUUGACUGUACAGAGUUCUGCCGCCGUGGUGACGGUGAGUUCUGGAGCUCCAGUCACGAUGUGAACUUUCACUUUGUGAGGUUUUUUGUGCACAGAAAUAUAACAAACAAACAAAACAAAAAGCGUUGCGCCCUUAGCAAAUAAAGAAUAUGGAAUCUUG